UUAGGAAUAGGCCCAUUAGUCACAUUUGGAUCUGGGCUUCAAGAGAAAAUCCCCGAAGUUUGUACUUUGUUCUCAGUUCUCACCCAUAUAUUUACUGAUUAGGUAAGUUAGGCUCUCACAUUUGGCGGGAAAGCACGUGAGAGAGAGUGACAAUGGCGAACAAGCAAAUCAGCCAGAUGGGUCUGCCAAAGUCGAUCGCCAACGUCUUCGCUGCUCGUAAUGUCUUCACCGCCAAGGAUGCAUUAUCUUUAACUGAAUUUGAGUUGAUGGAAUUGUUAGAUGUGGGGUUGGCACAAGUAACAUCUGCAGUAGCUCACAUCAGUGAAAUCGUGUGUCCACCAUAUCAAACUGCAUUAUCGCUGAUGGAGCUACGGGUUCAAAAUGAGCACUUGGCUGGCCAUCUUCCCACUCAUAUGAAAGGAUUAGAUGAGGCCUUAUGUGGCGGAAUACCAUUUGGUGUCUUGACAGAGUUGGUUGGUCCAGCUGGAAUCGGAAAAACACAAUUUUGCUUGAAGCUCUCUUUAUUGGCUUCAUUACCUGCAAGUUAUGGAGGUUUAGAUGGCCAUGUAAUAUAUAUCGACGUAGAGUCCAAAUUUAGUUCAAGAAGGUUGAUAGAAAUUGGAGUGAAAAGUUUCCCUGAAAUAUUUCACAGGAAAGGAAUGGCACAGGAGAUGGCUGGUAGGAUCCAUGUUUUGCGGCCAGCAUCACUUUCUGAAUUCACUGAGAGUUUGCAACAAAUCAAGGUUUCACUCCUUCAAAAUCAAGUGAAGUUGCUAGUUAUUGAUAGCAUGGCUGCUCUGGUUACAGGGGAAUUCGAGCAUGCGGCUCCUAGACAAAAUACAUUGGGUUGGCACGUUUCUUUUAUUAAGUCACUAGCUGAAUUUUCACGAAUUCCUGUUGUGGUGACAAAUCAAGUGAGAUCUCAAAGCCGUGAUGAGAUCUGCCACUAUUAUUUCCAAGUGCAAAGUUGGAAUGAAACCAUCGAGGAUCGCACAAGACAUGAUUCUCAUCUUGUUGCUGCUUUGGGAAUUAACUGGGCUCAUGCUGUUACAAUUCGUCUUGUGCUUGAAGCUAAAUCAGAUCAGAGGUUUAUUAAGGUGGCAAAAUCUCCAAUAUCCCCACCUCUGGCUUUCCCUUUUAACAUAACUUCGUCAGGGAUAUUAUUGCUAAGCGAUGAUGGAAUAGAGUUAACAGGGCCAGAUAUUAACGCAAUUCACUGUCAAGGCCAUAAUGACAUUAUCAAUUUCGGUGGGGAAAGCUUGCAGUGAUAAAUCAAGAUGGAAGCUGCAUUGAUGAAAUUUCAGGGAUGUUCUUAGAAGUAGAUAGAAUAUACUAUGAAUCCUGUUACUCAUUUUGAACAUUCUUUCUAGGUAAAUUUGAAGUAUAGAAGAGAGACCAAUGAACUGAAAUUGAUGUAUUUUCCUCUUAGAUAUCUUAGAGUUUGUAUUAUUUUUACCUCUGAAUAUUUCAAGCAUGAGCUAAAUGAAAGCAAAUUGCUGGUGGGAUGGAUUAUGUCUAA